AUGAACCCUUCUUCAAACCAUCAACGCCGCAAGAGAAAACAGCAGCGCAAUAUUCUCGGAUUAUCUCUUCAACACUUGCUGUCCGUAAGAUCUCUUGUCCUGUGCUUUACCUUCCUAACCUUUGUUUACCUAUUAUCCCACACAAACCCUUUUGCUUCUUCGUCCUUUCACCCCGUUUUAGUGGUUUCAAGCUUGUCUUUGCUGUCAUCCUACAGUUAUAGCUCAACUGCUGAACCAGUUAAGGAUUUUGGCACCUCAUUACCGCCCUUGGAAAUCGAGAACAGGGUCAUUUUCCCCGAUCAUGUUCUGUUGUUAGUUGCUGGCGGUUUCAAUGAUAUUGGGCUGUUGAUGAAAAACAGGGGUUUCAGUCAUGAACUGGAAUGUGUUUAUUUUAGUAAAGAUCAAAAUGAAAGUAGCGAUUUUUCUGUGCAGAGAUACUUGUCUGUAGAUGAAUACGAGCAGUUUAAGUUUUUUAUUAGGUGCCCACUCCCAAUGUCUCUGAAUUAUUCAGCUGAUGCUAAUUUGAGGUGGGCCGGUGUUAAUAAUAGAAUUUUCUUGGGGGGUGUAUAUGAAAAAAAUAAGUCUUCUUGUUCUUGGGAAAAUGUGGUGUAUGAGGCCGCCCUCGACAGCACCACCACUAUUGUUGUGUUCGUGAAGGGAUUGAAUUUGAGGGCCAAUCGGUUGUCUGAUCCUAGUUUGUUUACUUGCCAUUUUAGAGUACGAAAAUCGGACAUGAACGGUAAUAGUUAUAACCUUAUAAGUACAACGGCUUUAACCGCAGCCCAAGAAGUCGUAAGGUGUCCACUGCCACGUGUCAUCCAGACGAACCCUCAAAAUUUCGAAGAAAUUCGCGUUACCGUUGGAUAUUUACAAUCGGGGCGCGAAAAUCCGAUACUCUUGCCGUCAGUAGCAAAGGUUUUCGAUCAAAUGCCCCAAAGAAAAAAUAUUAGAGAAAAAAAGUACAAUCUUUGCAUGUGUACGAUGGUUUGGAACCAGGGCUCGGCCAUACGCGAAUGGAUUACGUACCAUUCUUGGCUUGGAGUCGAGAGGUGGUUUGUGUAUGACAACAAUAGUGACGACGAACUCGAUAGAGUGAUUCAAGAACUCGAUCACGAGAACUACAACGUGACGAGACACGUUUGGCCGUGGAUCAAAACCCAAGAAGCGGGCUUCUCUCAUUGUGCUUUGAGAGCAAGAGACGAGUGCAAUUGGGUCGGUUUCAUGGACGUUGACGAAUAUUUCUACUUCCCAUACUCGGCUCACCGGCAAAAGAAGGCCCGGAAGCUAAACUAUGUGGGCCGAAAUUCACUUAAUGCAUUAGUGUCGAAUUUGUCGAGAAAUGUAGGUGAGAUACGAACGUCGUGUUAUAGUUUCGGGCCGUCUGGGCAGGAUAAGCAUCCGAUGCAGGGUGUGACAAUUGGGUACACGUGUCGCCUUCUGAAUGCCGAGAGGCACAAAUCGAUCGUGAGGGUGGAUGCGCUGGAUCCUAGCCUGCUCAACGUGGUGCACCAUUUUCGUCUAAAGAAAGGGUUUGAGUACCUGAAUUUGCCGCAAAGCGUGGGAAUAAUCAAUCACUAUAAGUACCAAGUGUGGGAGGUUUUUAGGGCUAAGUUUUAUAGAAGGGUUGGGACGUAUGUGGCGGAUUGGAGGGAAAAUCAGAACGAAGGGUCGAGGGAUCGGACCCCCGGGCUGGGGACGGAGGCAGUUGAGCCGCCUGAUUGGGCCCGAAGGUUUUGUGAGGUUUGGGACACUGGGCUUAGGGAUUUUGUGCUGUCGAAUAUGGUUGAUUUUUCGACAGGUUUAUUGCCUUGGGAAGGGAAAUAUGAUUGA